AUGAAGGGUAAUGCCCCUUUGAUGGGAAUCUAUACCAUUUUUGAAGAUCCAGUUUAUUGCAAUGGUUGCUUGUAUGCUGGAAUGCAGACUUUGUAUGGGUUUAUUAUUGUAGUAAUUGAAAAACUUCAACCUAAUGGUUUUUCAAUAAACUGCACACAUGAUCCCAUGGUAAAACAUGAACCAUCUUCUCAUGUUUGUGAGGAAGUUAUAAGUUGCUUGAUUGGAUCCAACAAUGUACUAUUUCGAAUAGCAAUUUUACAUGCACAAGAUAAGGUUACUGCAAUUUUUGUUUACAAAUUUGAUUGUUCUCAAAGAGUGUGGGAAAAGGUGGAAAACAUUAAGGAUACAGUGUUCUUUAUAUCCGGUCUUGACCCGGCCUUUGCUUAUCAAACAAUUAAUCCAGAAAUUGAAGGAGGUCACAUCUACAUUGUCCUAAAGAAUUGCAAUUAUUUUUAUAUUUACAACAUUGAAGAGAAAAGUAUUGUGACUUCUCCACCUUUCUCCAAUUUACCAGAAAAUAUGUGUUAUUCGAGAUGGUUCAUGCCUGAUACUGGGAUGACUGAUACACUGAAAGAAGAAAUAGGAAAUUCUCAUCAAAUUAGCCAAAAAGAAAAUAUAUGUAAUGUAGUCUAUUUAAAGGAUGUACGGGAGAAAAUAUAUGCAGUUCCUCUGGACGUGGUUGAAGUGAUUGCAAAACAUAUUAAUGAUGUGCUUGAUUAUUUGCAAUUUCGAGCUAGCAAUAAACUCUUUCGUCUAGCCGCACCACGAAUUCAAUGGAGAUCAUAUUCCAUGUCCAUGUCAAGGUUUGAUGAUCUCUCAAUGUGUCCUUUAUUUGUGUUCUCAGAGAAGGACAAGAUCUUCACUUUUGUGCAUCCAAAACAUGGUCUCGAUUACAAAAACUUCAUAAAUUUUCCUCAAGGUGAACGAUGGAACUUGGAUUCCGAAAUUUGUUGUUCAAAAAAUGGUUGGCUAUUUCUGGUGGCAGUUAACACGGGCUUUCAAGUUUUCUUCAACCCCUUUACUAAACAAGUGCUCCCACUUCCAUUAGGGAAUAAACUAAUAUGGAAUAUCAGAUGUUUUGGCAUGUCAGAUUCCCCAACCUCUCCUGAAUGUGUGAUCGUUGAGUUGGUUUAUAAAAAUUUACCAUUGGUCAUCAAACCUAUUACAACAGCGUAUAUAAAUUUUUGGGAAGGAGGUUAUCAACUUUUUACGUUUGAAAGCAGGAAAUUUCCUCCCUACAACACAAGUCCAACUUUUCAUAAUGGAUUAUUUUAUUUUCUCAGCAUAACAGGAAAAUUAGCGGUUAUUGAAGUAACAAGAGAAAAUAUAAGAUGGAAAGUACUUGAGGAACUUCAAUCUCCAUGUAGCACCUGUUUCAACAACUUUCUAGUUGAAUGUGAUAACAAUCUAUUGUCAAUAUAUGAGAGUCCUUUCGCAAAAGGGGUACAAGUUUUCAAGUUAAACGAGUCUACAAUGACAUGGAUGAAAGUUGAAAGCCUGGAAAAUCAUAUGCUAUUUGUUGGCAAAACAUCAUUUUCUACUAUGGCAAACAUUCCUGGAAUGGAAAACAAAAUCUAUUUUCCUAGAUUUUACGGUAACAGUGUUGUGUUUUAUUCUUUAGAGACAAAUAACUACCACACAUUUAAAAAUGAAGUGGUGAAUUUUUAUCAUAUGAGAGAACACUUGAAUGGUACAUGGAUUCAGCCAAGAUGGCAUUAA